AUGGAAGAAGGCAAGGAACAUGUGAAUUAUAUUGAUGGGAAUUCUACCAACAACGAAGCGUCUAAUCUGAAUGGUGUACAUCAAAAGAGAACUCUCAGGCACUGGAUGCAUCAACGUGCUGUCAAGCAGGUUUUUGGCGAUGGUACUACUCAAGAAUUUCCAUCUUUGGCUGAAGCACAACGCAUAACUGGGGUUAAAAGCCAAGGUAUUAGUUCA